AUGGACCGUGUUCUUCUGAGCUCCCACUUGCCAUCUCACGCUUUUGCAAACACAAGGUUGCAGCAAGGCCCUGGUGGUCUCAACAGUAUAGGAUUUGCAGUCAUCAGAAAGGGAUGCUUAAAGUUUAGAUGUUAUGCGAUUGGCGAUGAACUUAAUGGUCCAGGGCGCUUUAAUAAGCCUUUUAACAAAAACAGUAAUGGACCUGUUUUCCAAGGACUCGAUGCGUCUGGUGCUUCUUUUAGAACUGUUGGUGCUGAAAUCACUCAGGAUACAAGAGAUUUCUUUGUCAGUGAUGCAGAGGGUGAUCCAGACAAACCUACCGAUGGAUUCGCCUCAAUCGACCAGGCUAUAAAUGCUUUGCGUGAAGGAAAGUUUGUUAUUGCUGUAGAUGAUGAAAACGGCGAUAACGAAGGUGAUCUUGUGAUGGCGGCCACGCUAGUGAACCCAAAGUCAAUUGCAUUCAUGAUCAGGAACGGUUCUGGGAUUAUCUCAGUAGGCAUGACAGAAGAGGACCUAACAAGACUGAUGAUUCCUAUGAUGUCCCCAAUUACAGAAAUCGAAGAUAUCACGGCUGCUGCUUCCACGGUGACAGUGGAUGCCCGGGUUGGCAUAUCUACCGGUGUCUCAGCUGCAGAUAGGGCAAAGACCAUCCUUACUCUAGCCUCUCCUGAUUCCAAGCCCAGUGAUCUGAGGAGACCAGGCCAUAUAUUCCCCCUCAAGUACCGAAAUGGGGGUGUGCUGAAAAGAGCUGGCCACACAGAAGCGUCAGUUGAUCUUGUUGCAUUGGCAGGUUUCCGUCCUGUAUCCAUUCUCUCCACUGUCAUGGACCCCAGGGAUGGUUCACUGGCAGGCAUAACAGUUCUGCAGCAGAUGGCUAUGGAGCAUGACAUACCGAUCAUUUCGAUUGCUGAUCUCAUCCGGUAUAAAAGAAAGCGGGAGAAGCUGGUGGAGCUGAUUGCUGUGUCUCGCCUGCCAACGAAGUGGGGCCUCUUCCGAGCUUACUGCUACCAAUCCAAGCUCGAUGGAACUGAGCACAUUGCUGUUGUGAAGGGCGAUAUCGAUGACGGUGAAGAUGUCCUGGUGAGAGUGCACUCAGAGUGCCUGACGGGGGACAUCCUCGGGUCAGCCCGCUGCGACUGCGGCAACCAGCUGGAGCUGGCGAUGCAGCUGAUCGAGAAGGCCGGCCGUGGCGUGCUCGUGUACCUCCGUGGCCACGAGGGCCGCGGCAUUGGCCUGGGCCAGAAGCUCCGCGCCUACAAUCUCCAGGACCAGGGCCACGACACCGUCGAGGCGAACGUCGAGCUCGGCCUCGCCGUGGACGCCCGCGAGUACGGCAUCGGCGCCCAGAUACUCCGUGACAUCGGCGUGCGCACGAUGCGGCUGAUGACCAACAACCCGGCCAAGUUCAUCGGGCUCAAGGGCUACGGACUCGCCGUGGUGGGGAGGGUGCCGGUGAUCUCUCCCAUCACCGAGGAGAACCAGAAGUACCUCGAGACGAAGCGCACCAAAAUGGGGCACGUCUACGGCUCCGACCUCCCUGGCAGCCUGCCGGAGUUCGCCAAUCCACAAGGCACCCCCACAGAACAAGAAGACGAUAACCAAAACUGA